UUUAGAAUUAGUGAUAAUGGAGAAAGACGAUAAAGAUUUUGGAGACUUAGAGAAGGAGCAGUUUAAUGUAGUAGCUUUCACUUGGAACUGAGCUGGCCAAUUACCCCCUGAAGAAGAUUUUGGAAAGUUUUUACAAUGGAAAGAUAACACAGAGUCUCCUGAUAUUCUCUUCCUUGGGUUCCAAGAAGUUGUGCAGCUAGGAAUCAUGAGUAUGUUGAACGGCUUAGGAAAAUAUCAAAUUAAUGAUUUUGGUGAUAGAAUUACGGAAGAUCUUAAGAUUCUUUAUGAUGAGGAAUAUACUGUUUUUACUUUUGAAUGAAUGAUGGGACUUCUCCUGCUUGCAGUCUGCAAAUAGCAAUAUUUUUGACAAGAUUAGUAAUAUCGAUAAAUCCCAAGUUCCUCUUGGAUUUGGAAGAACAAUUGGAAAUAAAGGAGCAGUCCUGAUUAGAUUCUUACUUAACAGAACUUCUAUUGUCUGAGCCUGAUGACAUUUACAGAGUGGGAAGGAAAAAUACCAUAAAAGAGUCAAGCAUUGGUAUGAUAUUACUGAACUAGCUUUUGAAAAUUAUGACAGGGAUAACUCAUUUAACAAGCACCAAGUCCAGUUCUUUAUGGGAGAUCUUAACUUCAGAGUUCAGCAUCCUUAUGAGGAAACUAUUGAACUUCUAAAUGGAAUAAAUGAUGAAAAUAAGCAGGAAACUAUACAAUUUCUGUUCAACCGAGACCAGCUUUCCCUCCUGACUAAUGAUUUUCCAUGGCUGAAGGAAUAUAAGGAAAUGAAAGUUGACUUUCUUCCUACCUAUAAAUACGAUAAAGAAUCAGACAUCUAUGAUACUUCUGAUAAGAUGAGGGUGCCUUCUUGGUGUGACCGAAUACUUUGGCGUGAGAAGGAUGGAGAAAACGAAGAAAUAGAAAACUACUGAAUCCCAGUCAGUUAUGAGAGGAGAGAAAGUUUAUUUAGUGAUCAUCGACCUGUGAUUGCUAAAUUCAAAGUUUACACUGAUAAGUAUAGCACUGCUUGAGGGGAGGAGGAUGAAUGAGAUCAAAAAUUUGAUACAACAAAAAAGUUUCCCUCAUAUGAUCCGGAUAAGAAUAAAUCAAUUAGCAAGCAAUUAGAUACUGAAGAUAUAAGCCCAUUUAAGCACUCAAAAACACGUGAAGAAUCAGAGCUUGACUAAUUAAACCCAUCCUGUGAAAUUGAUUAAGAUUCCUCAUAUUUUCAAUAUCUUUAAAAUUUAUG